CGCGAGCGAAAGUGAUCACGAAGAUUGCAUGGUGCUGGAGCUGGAGCUGGAAAUUUGAGACACUAAUCGAAAAUGAUUAACACCGGGAAAUUAGCAGGGCGCACGCUGUUCAUCACUGGUGCAAGCAGAGGCAUUGGGAAGGCCAUUGCAUUGAAAGCUGCUAGAGAUGGAGCCAAUGUCGUCAUCGCUGCCAAGACUGCUGAACCUCAUCCAAAGCUUCCAGGAACCAUCUACACAGCAGCAGAAGAAGUGGAGAAAGCUGGUGGGAAAUGCCUGCCAUGCAUAGUUGACAUCAGGGAAGAGUCGCAGGUAGCUUCAGCUGUCGAGGAAGCCGUCAAGAAAUUUGGAGGCAUUGAUAUUCUAGUCAACAAUGCAAGUGCUAUUAGUUUAACAGAUACGGAACACACACCUAUGAAGAAAUACGAUCUCAUGAAUUCCAUCAAUGCAAGAGGAACGUAUCUUUGCUCCAGAGUUUGCCUUCCACAUCUCAGAAAAGGGACCAAUCCUCAUAUCUUAAAUCUCAGUCCACCUUUGAACUUUGAACCCAAAUGGUUCAGAGGUCAUGUAGCCUAUUCAAUAGCCAAGUAUGGAAUGUCUUUAUGUGUACUGGGAAUGGCAGAUGAAUUCAAACCUUACGGUAUUGCAGUCAACGCACUCUGGCCAAGAACAGCCAUCUGGACUGCUGCCAUGGAGAUGAUCGGAGGCGAGGCGGAAUCCACGAUGAGGAGCUGCAGAACAGCGGAUAUCAUCAGCGAUGCUGCAUACGCUAUCUUUCUCAAAGACAGUUCAGCCUUCACAGGGAACUACUGCAUCGAUGACGAGAUUAUGAGGUCCGAAGGCGUCACCGACUUGGGACAGUACUCGUGCGUGAAGGGAUCUCCUCUCCUCCUUGACUUCUUUGUGGACCCCGAUCCCAAAGCCAAACCAGGGGAAUUCGUUGAAUCUUACCCAGAUGAAAUAUCUGGAGGAGGAGGAUCAGGUGGAGCUGAAGCAGGAGCCGGUGGAGCUGCAGGUGGAGCUGUAGCAGCCAUGUUUGAUAAGAUGGGAGGGAUGCUGAGUGAUAGUCAUGUCCAGAAGAUUGGUGCUGUUUUCCAGUUUGAGCUCUCUGGCAAAGAACCUGGAACAUGGUACCUUGAUCUCAAGAAUGGCUCAGGGUCAGCAGGCUCCGGAGCACCUUCUAGUGACGCUGAUGCUACCUUGUCAUUAAACAGCGAUGACUUCAUCAAGAUGUUUGAAGGCAAGAUGAAAGCUACUGUGGCCUUCAUGGGUGGUAAACUCAAGAUCAAAGGAGACAUGAUGAAAGCUAUGAAGCUGGAAAAACUCAUGGAGGAGUUUAACAAGCUUGCACCGGCGGAGGCGCCCAAGGCUGAGCCUGCAGCAGCGUCAGGAAGCAGCGGAGGGCAGAUCGAAGGGAUGUUCACAAGGAUACGAGAGCUUCUGAGCGAAGAGAUGGUCGGGAAGAUCGGAGCUGUCUACCAAUUUGAUGUUUCAGGUGACGAGGCAGGGACAUGGACACUAGAUCUCAAGAACGGUUCAGGAUCCGCCCAGGCUGGUGCCGCCGAGAACCCAGACGUGACCAUGAUCAUGGACACUGCCCUCUUUGUCAAAAUGUUCCAGGGUAAGAUGAACCCGACCAUGGCCUUCAUGGGCGGCAAGCUGAAGAUCAAGGGAGACCUUGGGAAAGCUAUGAAGCUGGAGGGUAUCAUGAAGAAGAUGCAAUCAAAGCUGUAGAAGUAAUUUGAAUGUAUUCAUAUGGACUUAUUUUAUUGUGAGGUUUUAUAAACCCACAAUUAUAAUGCCAAGGGAUGAGAUGCCUAACCAGGGCAAAGUGUCAUCCAAAAUACAAUUGAAUUUACAAUUUAGUGUUAUAGUAAUUCUAUGAAAACCUUAUACAGCAAGGUGAUUACAAUUGGUUGGAAAUAAGCCUUACCAGGCCUCUGCAUCAUAAAAAGUACAUGCAGGUGUAUUAUUACCUUUUUUGUGUUUGUUUUUGUUAUGUGAAAACAGUGUAAUAAAAUAUAUUCCAUUUUAAAUUUUGUUACAGGGCUAAAAUACUUCAGAAAUUCUAAUGCGCAUUCAAUCCGCUUGGCCACAAUCCUCCCAUGUUAUUUCUUUUAGCAAAGCUAUCAACAUGAUAUUGAAAUUAAAAUACAGGUGAAUUUGAAUAGUCAUGAUAAUAGGAUUUAAUUCAACCACAGAUAUUGUUUUGACUAAGCCAAAUCAGAGUUAGGAGAUGCACAUAGCAUUACCUUGACAUUUAUUUUUCGAAUUUGUUCACAAAUUUUCGGCAUUACUCCUAUUUGUUUAAGAUUGCCAUGUUCGAUCUGUAAUGAAAUUUAUAAGUAAGAAAAAAUUGAAACCAUUGGGAUUCGAACCUGCCAUCUACUGCUUUCCGAACAGCGACUGAAUUUCCAUGCCAUCCUGGUUCUCAGCCUAGCCAUGAUAAAUUGGAAUUCAAAUACCCUUGAUCCCCUUCUUUCUGACUAGUUAGUAUGCAAAUGCCGUCCGCAAUAGACAGUAAAAAUUUGUUAACAAGUUAUAAUUUCCUCCUAUCAAAGCCUCUUUAUUAACUAUUUCUUUUUCUUAUUGAAGGUCGACUCUUGCAGACUUUGUUUUUAUUUGAAAACUGCUACAAUUCUCCAUUUUUUUUCUCAAUAGAAGUGUCUCGAUUAUGAAAUAGAUCAAUACCAUCUAGCUGCCAAAUGUUUAUCUGUAUUAUCCUGUGUCAAAUUAUCUUUAAUUUCAGAGUUAAAUCUCAGUUUUUAUUGUUAUAUGAUUUUGUAAUAAAAAAAUAGGGAAGUCCUGUAUAUUAUUCUCAAGUUUUGAUGUGAAAUUCUCUACAUUCUAAAACCCCUUUAGGGAUUUUCAUUACAGGGUAGAUUUGAAGAGAUAAAACUGACUUAAAACAAUACUUCUACUUGUAAUGAUUGAAUGUAGCAUUUGUACAUAGUACAUGUAUAAGUUACCAACAUUUGAAAUAAAAUCAGGGGGAGCAUUCCUGAACUGUCUGGUCAGUGGUUUGCACUAUUGAAUAAAGUCUCAACCAUUUAAAUCCAACCUCAUCAUCUUUCUGAAACUGGUUUUUCCCUUGAACCAGUUCAGGAAACUAGUUUAGAAGUUGGCUUCCUUCUAGAACUCACAUCAUGACAGACCUGAAGUGGUAGAGAAAAAACACUUCAGGUGAAGUUGUCUUAUUGCUGUAGGCACACUCUCGGUGGAAAAGCUUGAAUCCCAAAAAAUUAAAACCAUUACAAGCUUCUUGCAUGCUCAGCAUACUAAAGCAUGGAAAUAAGCUUACACUGAGGUAUGUCCUGGCGAAGAUUGCUUAUGUAGACCUGUUUAACGAGGCCAAGUUGCCUUGAAAUCCUCAUGGUCGGUUUCUGAACACAGAAGAUUUCUGACCACCGGCCACCACUAAUUGGCGAUAACAUUGCCCACUACCCCUGAGUAUAUUUGUUUCAAACAAGUUUUAUUGUUUGAGGAAAAUAUACAUAGAUCAUUUUUCUUGUGUCUUUGUAGUAAUAUUCGAAGGUAUAUGUUUUCUAAUGCUGGAAGGGCAGUAUUUGUAGAUCACUUUGCACAUUCCUAAUGUAUUAUACUUAUGCAGGAAACCCUGUACAAGUAAAGUGUUUGAUAACAAAGUCACAGUAUCCAGUGAAAAUUGCAGGAUCUAUCUUGGAGUUGGAAACAUCUUUCACCUGUUGCAUAAAACAUUUCAAUGGUAACUUGCCAUCCAGUUAAACUUGAAAUCCUUGAUCCCAAUACACCAUUUCUACGGUACAUACCAAUUAAUGGAGAAGUUUACUGUGAAAGUAACUUUUCUACAACAUGGCUCUCAUCUUCACCAUUGCAUAGUCAGGAUGACGAUUUCUUUGGAAAAAAAAGUAACUGCCGAUCACCUUGAAUUAGGUGUCGGUUGCAACUUGCAAUUAAUAUUACAGAAGUGGCCCAGUGCAGUUAUAGUUGCAAUCAAACUCAACCCCUAAAGUCAAUCUUGAAUUGAUUUCCAACCAGUCAGAAGGACAUAUUUUGGAUUGCGAUUGAUUUGUUCAUUUGCGUUUAAAUGCGAUUCAUUCUGCAACUAGUCCGAAGGUACUCACCUCACAUGGUCUAAGCUUUAAAGUAACCGUUUUCCAUGAGUUUGUCCAACCAAUAAAUAUUUUUGGGUCUAUAUCUUAAAUUACAUGAAGAUUGAUAUAAAAUGUUAUGCCCCUCCCCUUUAACUUGCCCACCACAUUUGUAUUUCAUUUUGAUGAAAAAGGGGAUAAUAUUGAGCACCCUACUAGGUAAUGGUUGUAUAUGACUAAUUUCAUGACUGAAUAUAUUAUUUGUGUUAUUAUGAAAAUACUAUGUACAUUAGGUUUAAACCAUAAAUGGAUUCAAUUAUAGAAUUUAUUUGCAAUCAAAUUGUUUAGAAUAGUGAUUAAGAAUAAAGGAACUCUAUGUGUGAGAUUAUAUUGGUUGGUUGAAAUUUAUGGAUGAUUGGUUAAUUUCAUGCUUGCAAGGCACAAAUUUGAACUUUAUUGAUGUAAAUGCAAUAAAAUGACUGAUUGAAAU